AUGGAACACCCAGGUCGAAAACAACAAACUCAGCCGGACCGAAACAAAGAGUUUCAUUUGCCAUCUAGACAACAGGAUUGGACUUUGAAUCGAACGGAGGUGGUUGCACCAGAGCCAGUGUUACCAAGGACUGCCGCAGCCACAAUCGACUCAUCCUAUAGUAGACACUCGCGGUCGAGGUCACAAAAUAAUGACUUACAUCUGUCUUCGAGGCAACGAAUAUUUUAUCCUCAACACCAUGAUCAACCGUCAUCACCAUCGCCGUUGUUGUCUUCACCGGCUCCGUUGUAUCAACGAGGAACUUUCUCACCAAUUCCGUCUGCUGCACCGCCUCAGUCGCCGAGGGACAUUAAAUUGAAAUCGAAACCACCAAACCCAAACCCAAAUCUAAAUUCAAACCCCAACCCAAACCAGCCAUGGACUACAUUAAUUCCACCAUUACCCAAUAGGAACCCAAAACAAAAGGAUGAACUUAGUGUGUAUAGCUCGUCAAGUCAAAGCACCAAGCUGAGCCGCGAUCCUUCGCAAAGACAUUCGAUUGCAAUAUCACCCACUCCAGAGGCAAGGCAGGUUCCAAAAGAUAAAGACCCUGUUGUAUUGCCCGUUCCUAGAAAAAAGUCACGAAAAGUUUGUCGGAAAUGUGGGCUUGAAAUUACAGGACAAUUUGUGAGAGCUUUGCAAAACGCUUUUCACGUGCAGUGUUUCACUUGUCACGAGUGUGGUGUGCAAUGCUCUGCAAAGUUUUUCCCACAUGAAAUCCCAGCAAAUGUAAAUGGCAGCGAGACUGCUAUACAAGUGCCACUUUGCGAAUAUGACUAUUUCAAGCGCUUGGAUUUAAUUUGUUUUAAUUGCGACAGUGCUUUAAGAGGACCCUAUAUCACUGCUUUGGGCAAUAAAUACCACCUCGAGCACUUUAAAUGUUCAGUUUGUCAACAUGUGUUUGAUACGGAUGAGAGCUACUAUGAGCACGAGAACAAUAUCUUGUGCCAUUAUCACUAUUCAAAACUAUAUGCUUCACAUUGUGAGGGUUGUCAGUCAUCUAUAAUAAAGCAAUUUGUUGAACUUUUCCGUGGCGGUAGAACCCAACAUUGGCAUCCUGAAUGUUUUAUGGUUCAUAAGUUUUGGAACGUGAAUAUAACAGCCGACUCAGUGGGUCUUCAAGAGCUUUAUGGCUGGUCAAACGAAUUGCUCACCAAUCUACGGCAAGUCAAAUUAUCAGAUACUUCUAUCGAUUCCAACCAGCUAAUUACAAUGGAGCAACAUAUUGAGCAAGUGGUUAUGAGCUGCUGGCUACGACUUUCUGGGUAUGAGCAAGUCACUGCAGGAUGCAUUUCAGAUAUGCUAUUGAAUGCCUGCACUGCCAAUAAGUUUAGCGGAUUAGUGGUUACUGGGAAAUUAAUGCUUUGUGUUGAGGUUUUAUUUAAUGCUUUGGAUUCAGUUAUGGAAAGAUGCCAAAAGGCACAAUCUUAUAUGCAAGCACAAACACCACUGCAAGCUUCUAUUACUCUACUGAAAGCCGAUACUCAAGACUCACUCGAGUCGUCCUUUUUUCAGCAAUUGAGAAAAGAGCCUAGGAAUAUCACCGGGAAAAUCAUGAGUUACUUGGCAAUUUUACGUAAAUCAACCAACAUUUCAAGCUCUGGUAGCUUGUCUGCAGAAUUACUAGCAGUAAUUACUGGAUGUGCACAUUACCUCAAACUAUUGAUUCGAAUUGGUCUUAAGGACGCGCUAUUAUUGAACAAGACAUACGGCACUUCAGAGGCACUAGACGAAUUCUUAAAUGAUAUAUCUCAAUACGAGGAGAUUGCCAACGUGAGUGCGGAAAAUGUGGGAGAUGCUAAACAUUUUAUUGAAUCGCUUUCUGUUCCACUGGGAUCUACAGAUGCUUGUAUCAAGUGUCUGAAGAGUGUAGAAAAGGCAUGCAUUAAAUUUCAAAACGAUCGAUGGCAUUUGAAGUGCUUUACUUGUUACCAUUGCCACAGGGAAGUUUCACAUGAAGCAAGCGAAUGUCGGAGGACUCGCGAUAAUCAAAUUUUGUGUAAAAACUGUAUUGAUGAAGGUAUCGGCGAAAACGUUAGUAUAAAGGGGUUUUCACACGUGUCAGACCUUAGUCAAUUAGUGUAUCUACUAAAGAUUGCAUUGCAAAGAUCCAAGUCGGUAAUGUGCAUUGACUUUGACAAAGCUGCUGCACCUUUAGGCGAAGAGCAGCAAGCAAGACCAGAUAUUGAACGUGCCACCUACGUACAAACUUUAGACGAUGUCACUCGUUUACGAAGCAGUCGACUGAGCCAAAAGCUUUCAAAGUCUGUGAAGAAGCGGGCAAGAAAAUCAGUUAUAAUUACUGCACCCGAAGCAAAUUAUGCGCAAGAAGAUAUAAUUCGUACAAAAGAGGAUGGUUCUCCACAAAGUUCUUUGGAGAUAGCCUAUAGCAACAGCAAAAGUAAUUUGAGUAGCCACAACAAAAACAAUAACAACAACAACAACACUAAUUUCACUCGCAAAGAAAGUGGAGCGUCUCAACUUUCGUUCGAAGGAGAAGAGACAUUUGUUGCGAGAAAAGAAUUGCAAAUUAGAGACGAGCCACAACGCCAACUAACGUCGGUGCAGUUGGAUAGGACUUCAGACCUAUUGAAAAAUGAGAAAUCAUUGACAUUGGAUGAUAUUCCUCGAAUCGUUGCUGCAGAACAAGCCAGGGACCAACGACCCAAUGCAUUCAAACACCAUAAUAAAUUGUAUCAAAGAAGUAGUUCCCAUAUGUUGAAAAGCGGAGGCCAUGGAUCUGCAGGCGGAGCAGGUGCAUCAACAGCUACAACUCCAAGUAGUGCAUUGAAUCAUAUAUUGAACACCAGUUUGCAGCAAAAAGAAGAGCCCAGCGAUAGACAGAUUUUUUACUCAGAACUUUCCAAAAGGAACCAUUUCAUCAUUAGGCAUAUUGCAAUCGAAGCAUUGUGUGAGAUGAAUAAAGAGUUGGUAAAGGAUGACUUAGUUGCUCAUAUUCAAACCAGAAAACAGCUUACAUUUUGGGAAAAAUUGAGAAUAGGUGGGGCAAAUACUAAAGAAAAAACCAACGGAGUUUUUGGUAUUGAAUUGAGUGUUUUGACUAAAAAGUUUGGGGUGGAUUCCGAUCUAGGCGUGGGACCUUCUAAAUUGAGGAUACCUAUAGUGAUUGAUGAUGUGAUUAAUGCUUUAAAGCAAAAGGAUAUGUCUGUGGAGGGUAUAUUUAGGUUGAAUGGUAACAUCAAGAAGUUGCGUGAGCUCACAGAGCAAAUAAACUCGAAUCCUGCCAAAUCUCCGGAUUUUAGCAAUCAAAGCGCUGUUCAACUUGCAGCGUUGAUGAAGAAAUGGUUGCGUGAGCUUCCAACACCAUUACUAACAUAUGAUUUGAAUGACUUGUGGAUCAUGUCGCAAUCAAACCCUACAGCAGAAGGCCGCAAAAGAAUUUUGCAAUUGGCAUAUUGUUUAUUACCACGUGAUCACCGCAACUUACUAGAAGUUCUUUUAUACUUUUUCAGUUGGGUUGCCUCAUUUGCCGAAGUCGACGAGGAAAGUGGUUCGAAAAUGGAUACCCACAAUCUCGCUACGGUUAUCGCUCCAAAUAUAUUGUUUACUAAACAGUCUUCGAAUCAAACUGAGCAAGGAGACAAUUACUUUCUCGCCAUUGAAGUUGUUAAUCAGUUGAUUGAGAACCAUGAGGAAUUGAGUAUCAUACCAACAGAUAUUUUACAAACAUUUGAUGCAUGCGGAUUUGAUGCAAAUGAUAAGCUGUUAUCAUCAAAGGAGAUUUUUGCUCAAUUAGAUAGUCUAUAUAAGGAAGAGAAGAUGUAA